AUGGCUAUGGAGGUUGCAAAAACGCAAAAAGACGUCGUGAAACGGUCAAAAGAGGAUGUUGUAGCAGACCGCGAAGCCAGGAAACAGCUCGCCGAAGCGCAAAAGACAUAUGGACGGGGCAAACAAGUCGCAGUGAAGUCUGUCAGAGACAAGAAACUGCGGAGUAACCUGAAGAAUCUCGAGGCCAAAUACAAGAAUGCGAUUCUCCAAGCCAAGGACUCAGAGUUGCUGCUGGAGAACGAGGCAGGAUACAUUGAAGCUGAGGGGGAGCUUGAACGGACAUACAAAGUACGGCAGGGCGAUAUAAAAGAGAAUGUCGGCAUUGAAGUUGCGAAGAACGGAUUCGAGUUGAAGCUAGAAGACCUGGGCCCGUAUAAGGCGGAUUACACACGCAAUGGGCGGAUGCUUCUGUUGGCUGGGAGAAAGGGUCACGUCGCUACGAUGGACUGGAGAGAAGGCAAGCUAGGAUGCGAGUUACAGCUUGGAGAAACUGUGAGGGAUGCGAGGUGGCUACAUAACGACCAGUUCUUUGCGGUUGCGCAAAAGAAAUACGUUUAUAUAUACGAUCAUGCUGGCGUUGAGAUACAUUGUCUGAACAAGCAUGUUGAGCCAACACAUCUUGAAUUCCUACCAUAUCACUUCCUACUCGCUAGUACGGGGAUAAGCGGAUUUUUGAAAUACACAGACACCUCGACCGGUCAAUUGGUUGCUGAGAUACCAACUCGAAAGGGAAAUCCGACCUCCCUAUGCCAGAACCCUCAUAAUGCCAUCCUACAUGUUGGACAUCAGAAUGGUACCGUUAGUCUGUGGUCUCCAAACUCGCAGACCGCAUUGGUCAAAGCCCUAGUUCACCGUGGUCCGGUCCGGUCACUCGCCGUGGAUAGACAGGGUCGAUACAUGGUAUCAACGGGACAAGACCAGAAAAUGGCUGUAUGGGAUAUCCGCAUGUUUAAAGAGGUACAUUCAUAUUCUGUACAUCAGCCUGGAUCGACGGUGGCUAUAAGUGAUCGGGGUCUAACAGGCAUUGGCUGGGGCACACAAGUGAGUGUAUGGAAGGGCCUAUUCCAAGCUGCUCGGGAAGAUCAGGAGAAGGUCAAGAUUCCAUAUAUGGCAUGGGGAGGCGAGGGACAGCGUGUCGAAGGCAUUCGAUGGUGUCCAUAUGAGGAUGUGCUCGGUAUAGCGCAUGAUAAAGGUUUCUCAAGCAUGAUCGUACCCGGUGCCGGCGAACCUAACUUCGACGCAAUGGAAGCCAAUCCUUAUGAAAACACUAAGCAGCGACAAGAAGCCGAGGUCAAGGCUUUGUUAACCAAGUUACAGCCCGAGAUGAUCUCGCUCAAUCCUGAUUUUGUGGGCAAUCUUGACUUGACUAGUGAAAAGGCUCGACAGGAAGCCAGAGACCUAGAUAAGAAGAAGGAAGAUAUUGCUGAUAAGCUAAAGAAUCGUGGCCGAGGACGAAACAGUGCAUUGAGGAAGUAUCUUCGGAAACGAGGAGGGAAGAAUAUCAUUGAUGAGAACAGGCUUAAGGUCGAGGCUAUGAGAAAGGAACAGAACGAGAGAUUAAAGGAGAAGCGCCGCAGGGAGAGAGAGGCACUGGGGCCGGCACUGGAGAGGUUCGUGAAGAAGUAG